AUGCUGGAAAUGGGCGCGGAUCACGCCAGGGAGAAUGGCAUCCCAAUCGACGACAUUGCCGGCUGGAAACUAGCCGAGGACAUGCUCCCGCUAUCCUUCCAGGUGCAAACAGCCAGUAAUACGGCCAAGAACUCACUACCUCGCGUUGCUGGUACCGAGGCAGUUCCCAUGGAGGACAACGAAAGGACCGUAGCCGAGCUCCAGAAGCGGAUCACUAAGAUUGUCGAGCUACUCAAGGCAGUGGAGGCAGUCAAGUUUGCCGGCAAGGAAACAGAUCAAGUUCUCAUGAAAGCCGGCCCAAAGGAACUCGAGUUUACAGCGAAGACUUAUAUCACCUGCUUUGCCCUGCUUCUAUUUUCAUAUUAA